AUGUCGGCGCGUAAGAAUAUUUUGUACUUGUUUGAUGUUGACGGAACUCUGACGAAACCCCGUCAAAUUAUAUCGCAAGAUUUCAAGAAAUUUCUGUUAGAAAAAGUUAAACCGGCGGUUUCGAUUGGGCUCGUGAGUGGUUCGGACUAUGCGAAGAUAGUGGAGCAAAUGGAUGGAGAAGAGACAGCGAACCAAUUUGACCAUGUAUUCUGUGAAAAUGGUGUUGUGCAUUACCAGCAAGGACAGCUCAAGAGCACACAGAGUAUACUCAAUUACAUCGGUGAGGAGACUCUUCAAAGAGUCAUUAAUUUUGCUUUAGGUUACAUGGCAAAAUUACAGCUUCCUGCUAAGAGGGGCAAUUUUGUAGAGUUCCGCUCAAGUAUGAUAAACAUUUGCCCGGUGGGUCGCUCCUGUAGUCAGGAGGAGCGGAAGGAGUUCUCCCGUUUCGAUAUAGAGCAUCAGGUCAGAGCCAAGUUUGUUGAGGCCUUGCAGUCAGAAUUCAAAAAUACAAAGUUGAAGUUUGCUCUCGGUGGACAAAUCAGUGUGGAUGUAUUCCCUGUAGGAUGGGAUAAAACAUAUUGUCUCCAACAUGUUGAGAAAUUUAGUGAAAUCCACUUCUUUGGAGACAAGACAACAGUCGGAGGAAAUGACUAUGAAAUCUAUAAUGACUCCCGGACAGUCGGCCAUAGAGUGACUUCCCCAGAUGAUACCAAAGAACAAUUGAAACAGUGUCUUAAUAUUGAAUAA